CGCUCUCACACGCGCCGAACAAUCCGUCAACAUCGCACGCGCCUCUCUUUACGUUUUAUCUCCCCUCACAUUCUCUCUCUCGUCUCCUACUAUAAAACCUCGUGUUCCCUUCUUUCCAUUAUGCACCUCUAUCUCCCACUAAUUUCGAUAUUGCCACUGAGCAACAAAAAAUUUCACCGAACAAAAAAAAAAACGUAAUUGAUAUUCUAUGGCGGAGGAGAUGCUAACUCGGACCGACUCAGUCGAGUCCACCGGUAAAAAGCGAGUCAGGGACGAGUCGUACGACGCGGUUCUCGAAUCGCCGGAGGUUAAGAGGCUGAGAGAUGAUUUAUUCGAUGUUUUUGAUGACUCGGAUCCUGAACCGGUGAGUCAAGAUCUCGACUCGGUUAUGAAGAGUUUCGAGGACGAGUUGUCUUCGACCGUUACGACGUCGCGGAAUCCCGGCGAAACUCAGCCGGAUCUCGGUUACCUUCUAGAGGCUUCCGAUGAUGAGCUCGGUUUGCCACCGCCUCCACCUCCGCUGAUCUCUCCGAUUCCCGUCGCGAAGAAGAUGGAGACGACGGAGACGGUGGCGGAUUUGUUACGAGCGUCGUCGGAUUCGUCGGGAAUCGACGAGUUAUGGGGGUUCGAGGAUCACGUGUCGGAUUACGGCUCUUUAGAUUUCGGUUUCGGCGUCGGAGACGACGUCGCCGUCGAGGGGCUGUUUGAAUAUUCAGACGAUUGUUUUGAUUCCGGCGAUCUGUUCUCGUGGCGUUCGGAGUCUUUACCGGCGGAAUAAAACAAACUUUUUUUUUCUUAGGUAGGAAAUUAAGAAAACGAUGUCGUUUUGUUGUAAAGCGUAUGGGCUUCCCUGCGGUUUUUUACCGCUACCUUGCUGUGGUAGAUGGUGGUUAAUUUUCGAUGGAUUACUAAUUAUGAGGAUUAGGAGAGUUUAAAUAUUUUGUUAGUGGGUGUAAUUUUCUAGAUUAGUAUGUGCGAAGUCGUUUGUUCUUCCCUGAUCUUUAAUUAUUCUCUCUGAAUAGUUUUUGUUAAUGUGAAAAUGUUGGCAUGAAA